AUAACUAGAAUAUAGAUAGCUUUGCCUAUUGGGAAAUGUAGUUCGCUUGGAUCAUAAACUUUUCCUACAACAACCCCCAGCGUGCAUCGCUCUGAUUGCUCCACGAGCUGAACUAAGUCAAAUCUAAAACAAAAGCAGAACAAAACAAAACAAAGUAGUUUUUAUUACGGUAGUCAGUGGGUACUUUACACCGUGCGCAAAUAUAUAAAGAUUGAAACUAUUAAUAAUUGUGCAGUUUAAUAAGUUUGUACGUGGAUGACGUCUUUUUCGCGGUGUUUGUAUUGCUGCAAAUGUUUGAACUGUGCAGAAAGAGAACCGAAACUUGUGACAUUUCGCUGAAAAAGAAACACUGUUUUGUUUAGGUUUCACUUUCUGUAAUGUCUCGCUCUCACUUUACCAAUAGCCGGUAAUCUCUUGUUUCAGUUUGAAUUUAAAAAAAAAAAUGGAUACAGGUUUACAGCAAGGUCGAGUCAGCAACGACUGUACGAAAAACGAAAAACUAAUGGAUGAGUACCUGCGAUCUCAGGGGCUGUAUCGAAAGGAAAUUGCAAAAGAUGGAUCCUGUCUGUUCAGAGCAGUGGCUGAACGGAUACUUCAUUGUCAGAGUCGACAUCUAGAAGUAAGAUAUAGCUGUGCAAGUUACUUAAGAAGGAACAGAUCAAAAUACGAAGCGUUCAUUGAAGGACCGUUCGAGGAAUACCUGAAGCGACUGGAAAAUCCACAGAUCUGGGUUGGAGAAGUGGAAAUGAGUGCCUUGUCUCUGAUAUACAAGCACGAUUUUUUAAUCUACCAGGAACCAGGAAAACCAGCAGUCAACAUAACUGACAACAACUUCCCUGACAAGGUUAGUCUAUGUUUCCUAAACGGAAAUCACUAUGACAGUGUCUACCCCAAGCAGUUUACUGAAGCUGCAGCUUUGUGUCAGUCUAUCGUAUAUGAACUGCUGUAUGAGAAGGUGUUGGGAGUGGAUAGCAGCAAACAAACUUCCACUCUUCAGAGCUGCAGUGAGUCAGAUCAAGAUGCUCGUGAGGAAUGUGAAAGCAGCGAUGAGUCUGAUUUGGAUGCUGGGGAUGCCUAUUGGACUGAAGGAGCUGCUGAAUCUGCUGACAUGAAUAAAUUCCGGUCCCGGUAUGAAAACCAGGUUCCUAAGGAUUCCAGUCCUGCUCCUGCCCCCCUAUCCAGGAGGGUGCUCCAGUCUCUUGACCCAUCAGUAUACAGGAAUGUGGAGUUUGAUGUCUGGUUGAAGUCUAAAAGAGCCCAACAAAAAAUGGAUUACUUCAUAGCUGCUGGAAUGCAGUACAACACUGGAGACAAAUGCAAGGUACGUUUGGAUGCCAGUGGAAGGUUCUAUAAAGCUUACAUUCAAGAAGUCAGCCAUGAUGAUGGUCCCGUCGUGGUUUUUGUUGAAGAGCUUGCAGCGAAGUACUCGAUUCCACUGAGAAACCUCCGUCCACCAUCAGAGGAGAGCCCUGCUCGUGGCUGGAGCACAGUGGCAGAGAAGAAAGCCAAGAGACCCGGCCCUGUGACUGGGCAGAAUCUGCACUCCGAUGCUGCUGACUGUAGAGGAGUGAAGCAACCAACGAAAGCAGCCAAACCUCUGACAGCAGGGCCUCCAAAACAUCAGCAAGCUGUGCCAACCAGAGCCUCGCACCAGCAGGGUUCUGCUGCAGGGCAAGCCACACACUCCCCUACUGAGCAGAAACAAGGCAGCAGGACUUAUCCACAGAGUGGAAGGAAAUGUGACCUAGACCCUGGAUAUUCCUGCACGCCAGGAGAGAACAGAUACUUUGGUCUGUCACCGGAAGAGCGCAAAACCAAAGAAGCUGAAGAACAGUCUCGAGCGCUGUUUGAGAUCCAACAGAGGGACGAGCAAGCCUUCCCAGCACUCGGCAACCAGAAUGCUUGUCAAACUGCCACUCAAAGCAGUGACGCUAAUGACCCAAAGAAAACCCAGACUACUGAGAAGCGGCCCUCAAGGCGGCGAGUGGAGUCGCAGGAACCCGGAGAGAAAGAGCCAAAGAAUCAACGUGUCAAACAAGGACUGAAAGUUGAGCAAAAUAAAUCUCUGAAUCAAACCCAUGAAGUUAGAGACCUGACAUGCUGUGCCAAUGUUGGAGAAAAAUACCAAAAAGCUGUUUCCCCUUCUGAACCAACCAAAGCACAAAACCUAAGUUCUACCCCACAGGCUUUCAGCAACCACAGCUUUACUCCUGGGCCAACAGGUCCAAACCCUGCUCCUGCUCCUGCUCCUGCUCCUAACAGAUCGCAGCCUCCUGUCUCUUUCUCUCCCCCUUGCUUGCCAGCGGACCCUCCGCCGUACGAGGCUGCACCCUGCUGUCAAACAGGCAUUUCGCCAGUACCUAAUGCACCUGCCAUGAUGCCCAGCCCCAUGAUGCCCCAAGCUCACGUGAUAGCGGCCCCGGAUGCCCCACUUCCUGGUCCUCUGCCAGCUAUUGGCCACCCUGCGAUGCCAAUGUCUCAGGUCUCAGCCUUAUACCAGGACUCCCUGUACCCCGGGUUCCCUUGUAAUGAAAAGGGAGAGUAUGUCCCUGCACCGCCGUAUUCCUACUGUAAAAAUGGGGACGAUCUUCCAAGUGAUAAAUGCAUUCUAAGGUUCUUUUUUAACCUUGGCUUAAAGGCUUACAGUUGUCCCAUGUGGCCACCCCAUUCCUACCUCUUUCCCCUGCAUCAGGCUCAUUACAAUGCCUGUGCAAUGCUGCCCAAAAUGCCCAGCACUGCUUCCUAUGCAACUGCUUGGUUCCCAGAGGGCACUGCCACAAAUCAAAGUGUCAACUCCACCCCAGCCAACUGCACCAUGCCGAUUCAAGACCACAGUGACCCGCCCUUGCCAGCUGAUAGAAGAGCUCAUGGUCAGUGUGAACAAACUGAUAGCGAAACACAACCACCACCAGCACCUCCCCCUGCAACUGUAGUAACUCCAUCUCUGGAUGGAGAGCCCUGCUCGGAUGUAAAUUGCUGUGUUGAAAGCCUACCGUGCAGCAGCUAUAACCAGAUACCUAUUGUGCCACGUUCCCUCGUACACAUGGGGGGACUCCAAUGGCCAACAUAUGGGCCGAAUGUGUUGUUGGGGCGCUAUCCCGUCGCCCCUUCAAUUUAUCCACCUUUCCACAUGGGAUACCCAAUCCAGGGGUUUCCUACAGGAAACCCCAUUGCCAAAGAAUAUUUCAAUGUCAGUCCCGCAGAUGAGGAGGAAAGAGCUAGCCCAGUUGUAGAAACUUCAGCCAGUAAAGACAGUGGUCAUAACGUUUCCAAUGUACAAAGUGAGGGAGGGUUUGGUGAGCCACAAAAGGAAGUGCACUUCCAAAAGCCACUUCCCCCGGGAACAAGUACUGCUGAGAAACAGGCACAUCAGGUUUUGUCAUCCAAGGAACAGCCACUCGCUAAGAGCGAACAGGGUGUUGAUUCUAUGGCAGAGCCCCGAUCAGCACAGGCUGUAUCGGAGACUGAAAAGGGGGCAGCGACUACAGCUGUAUAUAGACCUGUGCAGUUAGUAAAAGAAGGUAGCAGUUCACCGUUAUUUACUGUAGGUGAAACAGGUCUAGAUAGGGAAUGGGUUACCAAUGAGAGAGGCAGCAGCGGUAGAAAGGGGGCUGAACCUAAAGAUGUAGCGAUAGAGCAAGAAACUGAUAAUCCACUCCAUAGCAGUCAUCUUGUCAAGGAGGAUUUGCAGUAUGAAGGUGACCAUGUUGAUGCAACAUGGAGCAAGGGCCGGUCUUACUACAACCAAUCCUUUAAGGAAAGGAGGUUUGAUGAUAAAUGGGCAGCUGACAGGAGAGAGUAUAGGGAUAGAGGUUCUAGAGACGGGAGAGGUUACAGGGAUCCAAAAUUUGCCAAGGAGAAGUUUGAUCAUCAGCAUUCUGGUCAUACAGUUAAUGGGGAUAAGAGAGGCCACUAUAAAAGGGCUCGAGGCUACAGAGGAGGAAGAGGGAAUUUCCAGCAUAGUCAUGAGGAGUGGAGUUACAGAGGUAAAUACCAGAGGAAAAUGGAAGAGCCGUAGGAUAGACCAUGAUGCUUCUGCUUGAAUCUUUAUAGAACUCUGGCUUUUUGGUCAGUGUAACGCUUACCAAUUAAAUUUUUAGAAUGUUUCCUGAAAUUGAAAAAAUCUAAAUGUUUUUUUUUCUUCAGUUUUUUUUCAUUUGCAAUACAAAAAUUGGCAUUUUUGCUUCAAUUUUUGUUUUUUCAGGGAAAAAAAAAUGAAAUUUGAGUGGUGGUUUGAAAUUACACCUCUUUCAUAUUUUGUUAGUCCUGCUAAAAUAAUGGAAAACCAAACAAAGGUAGAACUUUAAAAUACUUGCCAUUUGUGUAAUGAAAGGGCAGGGGAGAAAACAAAAAACACCACUAUAAUGAUUUUCAACAGUUUAAUUUUUUUUUCAAUUUUCUAAUUGUAAAUGAAAAAAGAAAUAAAGACCAUAUUUAAUUUUUUUCAAUUUCAGGAAACUUUUUUUUAAAAUUGAUUAAGAGUUACACUGACCCUUUUCAUUAACUUGCACUACAGGCUACCCCACCCUGCCUGAUUUCAACUUACAGAAAUUAAAUUAACACUAUUCUAGGCAGAAAAUACAGAUUUAACAGUUAAACAAAACAGAAAAAUUCUAAGUUGGUAUUGUAUAUAUAAAAAAAAAAAAAAAAAAAAAAAAAAAAAAAGCUACUGGUUCGUGUUUUUUUACAGCUGAAAUUGUUAAGCUCAGCCACUGAGUUUGCUUAGGUACAUGUUUCUGUUUCCUUUUGCUGCAUUGGCUUUUCUGAGAUCGGGUUGUAUUCUGCCCAGUCUGCUGAAAUAAUUGGACUGUUAAAUACAAGAUGUAUUUCAAAUUUACCAUGUCUGCAAUGGAUGAAACUGUUUCCUGAAGUUCCAGGUAUUGGGCACUGUUUUAAAAUUAUUUUAUUUUCACAUUGAAAGUACUGAAUUCAUUGUGAAAUCUAAUAUUGUCUUUUUAUAUUUUAAUUGGUUAGGUAUCUUGCGACUUGUAUUCAAAUCUGGUUUAACAUUAUAGUGCAGUGUGUAUUGAUGAUAAUCACAAAUAAUACAUGUGUGAAUGUCUUGGUAAACCACAACAGGUUUACAUGUUAUGCUUGAUCUAUCAUCAGAUCUAGCAUUUAUACUAUUAGACCUUCAUCUUUCCCAAACCUUUCAAUAGCCAGGUUCAUGUUCUCAAGAUGUACUGCUUUCACAAUAGUUGCAAUAUAAAAAAUCUUAAGUGCCUUCCUUUCACUUUAAAAAUGUGCUGAAUGAUUACUGAAUCAUUUGACAGUUAUUUGAUUGUAUGUAAUAAUGUACCACUACUGUGUGAAGCCCUGGGAUUUUCCAAAGCUGCCAUAGGUGCGAGGAAUUGGAUUGUUUUGUUUUUUUCUAUUGCAAACUGGCUUGUAAAAUCAUAAACUAUUGGAUUUUUAUGUUUUUGUCAUGAAUCAAACACAUUCAUGCAUUUAUAAUAUAGUUGGCUUUUAAGGUGUACAAGGCAUUUCUUUAAAGGAUUGCAGUUUUUCUGAUUCAACUUGAUAUUCCACGUUGGGCUGUUUUAGAUCAGAAGUGCAUGGCUAACCCAUAUCCCCAGGAACUGUUCACCAGAUGUAUGUCAAAACAAAAACAUCAUGGGGUGGGAUAGUGUAUAAACACUGCCAAAGUGAAUAUAAUGCCUCUUCAUGACCCAACUACUUUUGCUAACACAGCUAGCUGCUUUUCUGUAUUGCCUGUAGGUCCUUGCUUCUGUGGAGAACCCCCCUUACCUGCCCAAGUCUCUACCCCCUGCAUGCAGUCUCCUCUGCAGACCUUUGAUUCAUUUAGCCUUCCUGGUCCCAGUUGUCAACAUGCCAUACUGUGGCAAUGUGUUUUCCCAAACCCUAGCAGGAUCUACUAAGCAAGGUGCCCGGGCAGAGCACUUGUGUGCCAUGCACUGCAUAAAAAAAACAUGAAAUACAUAUUUAAAAGAGCACAGGUGACCAAGAACAACCAGGCAUUCAACAAAUAAUUAAAACCAUACCCAGUUAGUUAUGAGACAGCACUGGUAGCGGUACUCCACAGAAGCAGCUUUUGUGACUGACCUAAAGCUGGUGGUGGUGUUUUAUGAAGCAGUUUGGCACUGAUGAUAGGUAUAGUUGAAUUUAGUUUAGCUGGAUUUAAAGAAUUGUCCUGAUGCACCUAAUGUUUUUGCACUUUUUAUGAUGAUCUUUGUAUUCAUGGAAAUACCUCAAUUAUUUUGUUGUAGGAAAAAAAAAACCCUUGAGGAUACCUGUGUUUUUAUGUGAAAUGUGUCAAAUUGUGACUUUGGAGAAACCAAAGAUUUAAGUAUUUUAUGUGUGAGGAAACACUUUAUUUGUGUGUGCGUGUGUGUGUGCAGGGUUGACUUUUGUUUAAAAUGUCCAUUUUGGAAAGUCUUUAAGAGAAGUGACGGUUUUGUUUGAGGUGAAUACACUGCAGUUUAUUGUUACAAUAAUUUUUGCUUGAAACUAUUGUUGGCUUUAUGGAAACUAAGAAUGUGGCACCCCUUGCCUGAUGUUUUAUAUAUUGUUAGCUGGGGUAUCUAAUAAAAAAUGUUUAAAAAAAAAA